GUUUUCGUCCUAGUGGUCCAGCGAGUGGACAACGUGACAGAAGAGAUGCAGAACUAUGGUGGGAAGGUCACAGCGGUGGAAACAGACUUGAAGAAGCUUGACGACCAGACAGGGGAGAAGGCCGACAACGCCAGCAGUGAUAUCUCAACCUUUAAGUCAGACAUCCAAAUGCUUCAGAGCCAGCUAGACAACGUGUCCCAGAGGGCCUCUACUAACCGUGCUGUGCUGAAUCAGCUACAGGUCACAGGAGAGGACAUGCAGAGUAGCCAGGCGUCCCUACAGAGUUUACUGGACAGCAGCACUGCCUCACUACACAGUGUCAACACUACCCUGGCCUCAUAUGGAGGGAUAAGAGGAGGGCUGCAGACAGAUUCCACCAGGCUGCAGGACAGACUACAGGGACAAGUCCGGGAGCAGGGGCAGACACAGGUGGAUAUCAGUAAUCUGAACAGGACACAGGCUCAGCAGGGUCGUCUGCUCAGUGCCCUGCAGCGCAGUGUGGAGGAUGCAGGACAGGCCGUGCAGAGACUGAAGAACAACUUUCAUGGCCUGCAGCAGACAGCCAGACAGACCCAGGCGGACACUGAUUGGUUGAGAGAGAAGGUCCAGAACCUGCAGGUGUUGACAGCCAAUAACUCGGCCCUGGCUCAGUCCAAUGGGGAGGUGCUGGAGGACAUGGGUCUGCAGCUGAACACACUGAUCAAUCAGACCAAGAACACCUCCUUCCUGACGGAGGGACACAACCAGAGCCUGCGCCUCCUCAAGGACCAGCAAAAAGACCACAAAAACACCACCUCCUCACGCUUCGACGAGAUGGAGGCACGCCUCAACAGCCACAAGGGGGACAUCAACCGCGUAACGGGGAACUUCAGCUUUGCCAAUCAGCUCCUGGGAAUAAUCAGCUCUGAACUGAACAGCCUGCGGACCUGUGCUGAGACAGUGACUCACCACUCUGACCUGCUGUUGGGGCUGAAUGGUAGUGUAGCGGAGGUCCGAGGGGACGGGCUGGAGCUCCAAGCCCAGCAGGAUGAGCUGACGGACAGGCUGGACAGGGAGGUCAACAGCCUGUCGCUCUUUAUGGAGGAGAUGAAGAUGGUGGACAGAAAACAAUCCCAACUCAUCAGCAACUUCACCAUCCUACAGGCCUGCUGGACCAGGAUACCAAACGUGUCCAUUUCCUGUGUUCACGGGGACACAAAGCAGUAUCCAACCGUAUGGGACAACAUCGUGACGCCACAAGGGAACUGCCAGAUGAUGGUGGGUGCAGUACCAGAGUUGCCGGUACCUCUCCUAGUGGGACGGGAUUGUCCGCUGUUCGCAGCCCUGUGGAGGCAUGAGCUGAGGAAGAAGGUACGAGCUGGCCAAAGACGGGAGCGAGGACAACCCAUCGCCUGUGCGGCCCGGAUGCAAACGGUUGAUCAACCUGUAUCUAUGGGUCCGGAGUUGGAGUCGGAGGGGGUGCCGGAACCUGACCCCCUUGGGGAAUCACGGGAGGAAGAGCCCAGCCUCCUCGAUUUCGAGGGGCCAGUCGAGACACCCCCUGGGGGCCAACUGAGGGGACAAUUCGGGACUGCCCAGUGGGAGGAUCCUAACUUGAAAGCCACAUGGCCAGUCGUGAGGGAACAUAUGGAGAAGGCCCAACGCGCCCAAGCCCAGGUCUAA